ACAAAUUCUAUUCAAGUUUUUACAUACAAAUUACAUUUUAUUCAACUAUAAACGAUUUUAUAUACUUUAUAUUUAAUAUCUAGUUAUUACAUACCAUAUAUACAUAUAAUUUUUUGUAUAUUUGUAAUAUUUUACAUGUUAAACUUGCUGGAAGUCAAGUAAUUUUUUCUACAUACAAAUAUAUUAAACGGAAGAAAAUAAAUAAAUAGAAAAUUAAAUUUUUAAAAAAUUCGAAAUUUAUAACAAAUACACUUUAAUUGCCUAUGCUGGAAUAUUUUUCUAAAAUACAAUUUUAAAAAUUCAAUAAAAUUUAUAAUAAAAAUUUUGAAACAAAGUAUUCAUAUUAUUACAUGUAAAAUAAAAUAAAAUUAAUAAAUAAAAUUGAAAAAUUUAAUAUUGAAUUGGGAAUUGAAAUAAGCACACAACUAUCAAGUUUUUUUGCUAAAUAAAAAUGAAAAUAAUAAUUUGAAAAUUUAAAAUUAUACAAUAUAAAAGAUCGAAAUACAAUAUAAGGAUUGAAGAGAAUCAAUUUACUAAUCAAGAAAUCAAGGGCAAACCAAAAAAGAAACGUCAAUUAUAUCGUAAAGGAACAAAUAGCCAAUACUCAAAUAAUCCAGUUAAAGAUGACGGGAUAAAUUAAUGAAUCAAACAUAUUGAGAAAAACACAAAAAAAUCGAUUGAUCGAACGCAAUAUUCUAAAUUGAUUAAUUAAAAAUUACGAAAUAUUCUAUAUAUGAACGUAUGUAGAAAAUUAAAGAAGAAAACAACCUCUUGGAAAAAUUUCAAUAUGAUAAUGCAUUUAUCCAAGUCUAAAAAAAUUUUUAAAAAUUAAAUGAAUUACUUACAAAAUUUUCAAAGAAAAUUAAACGAAUAUUAAAAAUUAACCAUUUUCGAAACUAUAAUUAAAGAAUAAAGAGAAUAAACAACAAAAUAAGAAAUUACGAUAAAACUCAAUAAACAAACAUACACUCAAAUAGUAACAAACAAAAUCAAAUAAAAAAAACAUAAAACAAAAAUGUAUCGACCAAAUUUUUAUGAAUCAAAAUGUUUACGUUGCAAUGAAAUCGUUUAUCAAGUUGAUCGGGUUGGACCUCUUAAAGAUUUCACAUUUUUUCAUUCCGGAUGUUUUAAGUGCGUUCAUUGCGGUACAAAACUAACAUUAAAGACUUAUUACAAUAAUCAACAUAGACAGGAAGAUAAAGAGGUAUAUUGUAGUUCACAUGUACCAAAAAGUGGACCUGGUCAUCUUGAUCAAACAUCAGUUGGAAUACGUCAAGCAUUAAAUGUUCCUCGUUCAAGUAAAUAUGUUAAUGAACAGAUACGUGGUUCAAGGACUGAAAUCGAUGGACAACCACGUCAAUCAACACCAAAUGGAUAUAGUAGCGGUGGCGGUAACCGUGAUAUCAGUUCACCAUCACAAAUUGAUUCAGAUUAUAAAUAUGGUAGAUUUGAUGCAAGUGCUUUACAUAUUGCACAUGCACUCAAACAAACUGAAAUACAAAAAGCAUAUAAUAAGAGGCGGGAAAAACCAAUUGAUUUCUAUCUGGCACGCGAAGAGCAAGCUCGUCUUGAAAUGAAACAUCGAAAAGAAGAAGAUGAUUUAUAUAGAAAAUUUGCUCGAAAACGAGAAGAAGAAGAUCGAAAAAUACAAUCAGAAAUUCAAGAUGAAUGGGAACGUGAAUUACAACGUUUAACACAUCGUUUCGAAAAGGAAUUGGCAACAUCGAGACGAAAUCGUGAUGAACAAAAUAUUUUAACAUUACGCCAUGAAAGACAAAAAGAAGAUUUAGAAAAGAAUAUGACAUUAAGAAGAACAAAAAAGAAAGAGAGUUUAACUAGAAAAAUGUUAGAACAUGAACGUUCUGAAACCGCUGCUCUAGUCGAUCGGCAAUCAAGUGAAAUGUUAGAAUUGAUAAGUGCACGCCGAAGUGAAUAUAUGCAAAAUGAAAGUAUAUUCUUAGAUGAUGAUUUCCCAGAAGAAGCAAUAAUAUCAAUGGCAGAAUAUCCUCAUACACCACCAAAACCAACACCACCAACAGUUAGUAAAUUUCAAAUAUACACUGAUCCAAUUGAAUUCGAAGAUGUCGACCGAAUUGCUAUAUCGGUUGCUCAAGAAGAUCAAAAAACAUUUACAGAUCUUGUACGACAAUUAGUCGGUCGUAGUACAUCAGAUAUAGAAAAAGCACGUACGAUAUUCCGUUGGAUUACAGUAAAAAAUUUGAAUGCAAUGCAUUUUGAUGAUGAUUUACGUGGUGAUACACCAAUGGGUCUAUUACGAGGCAUUAAAUAUGGUACAGAAAGUUAUCAUGUUCUAUUUAAACGUUUAUGCAGUUAUGCUGGCCUACAUUGUGUUGUUAUAAAAGGUUAUUCAAAAAGUGCUGGAUAUCAACCUGGAGUUAAAUUUCAAGAUUCACGUUUUAGAAAUUCAUGGAAUGCUGUUUAUGUUGCUGGAGCAUGGAGAUUUGUUCAAUGUAAUUGGGGUGCUAGACAUUUGGUAAAUGCUAAAGAAGCACCAAAAACUGGUCGUGGUAAAAAUGAUAGCUUGAGAUACGAAUAUGAUGAUCAUUAUUUCUUAACUGAUCCACGUGAAUUUAUUUAUGAAUUUUUCCCAUUACAAGAGGAAUGGCAACUAUUAAAAAGGCCAAUUUCAUUAAAAGAAUUUGAAAAUUUACCAUUUGUUAGAUCAUUAUUCUUCCGUUAUGGUUUACAUUUUGCUGAUGAAGGAUAUGGUGCUGUUGUAUAUACUGACGAUACUGGUAUAUCAAAGAGAGCUGCUACAGUACGAAUUGCAAUGCCAUCUGAUAUGCAAUCAUGUUUAAUAUUUCAUUAUAAUUUAAAAUUUUAUGAUAGCGAAGAGGAUUCAUUUGAUGGUGUUUCAUUAAAACGUUUUGUAAUGCAAUCAGUUAUUGGUAAUAUUGUUGCAUUCAGAGUUCAUGCACCAUGUUCUGGUGCAUUUUUAUUAGAUAUAUUUGCAAAUGCUGUAACACCACAAGAAUACCUCACCGGUGAACCAAUGAAAUUUAAAUCUGUUUGUAAAUUUAAGAUUUGUUGUGAAGUUCUUGAAACUGUUAUGGUACCAUUACCAGAUUGUGCAAGCGGAGAAUGGGGACCAACAAAAGCAACAAGAUUAUUUGGUUUAAUACCAAUUACACAUCAAGAACCUUUAAUAUUUGCAAAUCGUGGAGUUGAUAUACAAUUCAGAAUGUCCAGAUUAUUAACAGAUUUUAUGGCAACAUUACAUAAAAAUGGUAUUGAAGAAAAGAAAUUAUCAAAAUAUGUGACGCAUAAUGUUUCAGAUGAAGUUGUAACAUUUACAAUAAAUUUCCCCGAGGAAGGACAAUAUGGUUUGGAUAUUUAUACACGUGAAGUUGGAAUGCAUCACAAUCAUAAUUCAUUAAAUGAAAAACAUUUGUUAACGCAUUGCUGUAAAUACUUAAUAAAUUCCAAAAAAUUUAAUUAAAAUUAUUAUACAAAAAAAAAAAAUAUUAAAUUAUAUAAUAUAUAAAUAAUUCAAAUUAAAAAUAAAAAUGAAUAUAUUGUACUUAAAU